AGCUACGAACUUCACGUCGUGCCUGGUGGAGGAACGUGAGCACCUGGCAGAACUGGAGGCUGUGCUGGGCAGCGAAACCCUUAGCUGCCUGAUGGGUGGCGUAAGGCUGCUGGCUGCCAUCAAGGAACUCAACGGCACGGCCCGGGGACUCAUCGCGGAUGCCAAAAGCUGCUCCAAACUAGACGACACGCUCGUCAAGAUUCAAUGCCGCUCGCAGCUGUUAGUGGAGCUCGGUCCAGAGCUGCUGUCGCGCACUGCAGAGCUGAAAGAGGCAGCCGCGGAAGAUGCCGACGCCGUGGCGGACCAAGUGGAAGCGCUCGUGCAGAAGUGCCUGCCGGCCGGGUCUCCGCUGGACCUCGAGGUGCAGGACCUGCUGACGGACAUGGGGCGUUGCACGGCCAGCGCCGUGGCUGCCGCAGAGGGGCGCCGGGACACGCCCCGCGAGGACCUCUAACCACCUGUAGGCACGUCUCUCGUCAUAGUACAGUAUCUGUGCCACUCAGGCAAAAUUUGUGCAGUUAUUAGACACGCAAAGUAUAUGAGCAAAUAUAUGGGUAUACGCAAUGAAGAUCAUGGAAAAAUGUUUUAAAAAAGGCAGUGUCUGUAAAUGUGUUCUCAACACGGAGUGCUGUUCCUCUAGUUUGUCAAAGUUUACACAC